AUGAAGUUCGCAAUUCCAACCCUCGCUCUGGCUCUUGCAGCCUCGACAAACGCUCAGUUCUACAACCAAUCUGCACCCUUCCACCUGAUUCUUCUCUCUUCCAACACCACAAUCAAUGGAUCUACCCUCUCAGCCUGUCACGAAGGUGCCGCAAUUGAGGGUCUCUGUCUUAGCAACUCAAUCUCAAUUUCCCAGCCCGAGAGCAUCGCGCCUGGAACUUUCACCUUCAAUUAUUCCGACUCAGUAGUUACACCCAACGUAACACUUGGAUCACCCGGCUAUCUUACAUAUCUCCUUCAAGGUUCAAACUUCAACUUCUCAGAGCCUAUGGGUUUGUAUGUCAAUCCGACGACAAAUGUAGCGCUCCCUCUGUUCUACCCUGGAGACAAUUUAGCGACGGUAGUCAGCUUCGACGAGAGUAACCUGAUGAACAUUCAGGGGUAUAUCGAUGAUACGAAAUCUCCAGCUGCAGUUGGCAAUAUAACUGCGUAUUACCGCUGGUACAGUUGCACAACAUACUACACUGGUUAUACGUAUGUGAUGUUGAGUUGGGUGUUGGGGGCGAGGGAGCCGCAGAAUCCAACCUGUAUCAAGGUGAAUGUGAAGCGUGUCUUCACUUAA